AUGAAGACCUCAAUCUCUCUGGCAAUCGCCUCCAUUGCAACCCUCCUCCUCUCCUCCGUCCACGCUGCCCCCAUCGACGCCUCCGCUGCCACAGGCCAAACCGCCGUGAUCCUCUCCGCAACGGACUACUGCAUCUUCCUCCCUCCCAAGUACGGCGGUGACAUUGCCGCCAACGAAGACCGCGCCGUCGCCUUCUGCACAAAGGCCAACCUCCCAGGAGCACCCAACGCCCGAGUCCUCCCCGAAGGCUUCAUCGCCUCCUCCCACUACAUCGAGAAUACUUCAAAGGGUUACGUCCAGAUCACGGGCCGUAUCGAUCGGUCUAAGUAUGGAUUGAAGUCUAGCGAUGGUGGUGGACAGUACGAUUUGAGGGCUCCAGUCGGAUCCAAGAUGACGGGUUAUAAUGCCUUCGUCCAGUUGACAGAGCCCGAUGUGGAAAUCUUUUGUAUCAGAGCUUGCAAGAAUAAGUCAGAUUGUCCAGUCAACAAGUCGACCUAUGGAUGUGAGAAGGUCCUUGGCGGUGACUACUCUUAA